CUUUUUUAUACACUACACAGUCCCACAGCAACCAACUUUCUUUCUUCUCUCCCAUCAAUAUUCACCUUUCCUCCCUCACACACUGUCUCAUAGCUAGUUCUAGAUAUUACAGUUCCUUUGUUUUUAAUGGAUGAAAAGUGGAAGGUGUCAAAGAAGGAAGCAGGUUCAAGCACAUCCACAAAGUCAUUGUUCUCGAGGAGUUGCUCAACAAGAGGCCCUUCUUCAAACUCCCCUCUCUUGAGGAGCGUAUCCCAAAAGAGUUCCUCCACUUCCAAAACCAACCUUCCUAGGAGCUUCUCUCAGAAGAACCCCUCCAUUGGUCAGAAAUGCACCAGCAUAGCUAAGGAACACAAAGCCAGAUUCUACAUCAUGAGGAGGUGUGUAGCCAUGUUAGUUUGCUGGCACAAGCUGUAGGGCCCGAUUGUCCACCUUUUGCACCACCAUAGUAUGAUAUUGUCCGCUUUGGGCCCAAGCCCGCACGGUUUUGUUUUUGGGCUCCUUCCCAAAAGGCCUCAUACUAUGUGGAAUGGUGGACACUUAUAAACUAGCCAAUGUUCCUU